GGAGCACAUUUAUAUUUUGAAUCGAGCUCUCCAGAAUGCCACAGCAACAGUAGGCCUCCCAACUGACCUAGAAGUGUCCACUUUCCUUAUAACGUUCAGCUUCUGAAGUCUUGAGUGGGCCGGAUGGUUGAGUUAACCACACAGACUCCAGUUUCAGGGCGUCCUCAGGUGUGGAGCUGGUUGCUAAGGACUCCUGCUGUGGCUAUGGAGAGAGUAAUGUGACAUCAAGCUGACGCAUCCAGCUCACAGCAGCCGCAAGGGGAGAUGGUGUCUGGAAAACAAGGUAAAUUUAUCACUUCAUACAUGCAAAAUAGUCAUCAAAUAUUGGGGGGUAGCCUUAACUCAUUUUUUGCUUUUGUUUUUUAUUCUUGCAGCUGUUCAGUCCACAUUUGGUCCAUCACAGAGGUGAAAUGGUUUUGAUCUUUAUGCCUUUCUCAGAAAGUUAAUCAUUCUCAAUAGAUUUGGUGUGUUUGUGUAAAAUAUUGACCACUUUAAGGAGAUAUUGUGCGUUGCAACAUUCCUACCAACAGUCUGCCCCAGGGCAGCUGUGGCUACAACUGUAGCUUGCCUCCACCAGUGUGUGAAUGGGUGGAUGACUGGGUGUGUAAAGCGCUUUGGGGUCCCUAGGGGGGGACUAGUAAAAGCGCUAUACAAAUACAGGCCAUUUAACUAUAAACUCAGGAAUAAACAGCUGAAACAGCAUUUUCUUGCUCAAGAGUUUUCCACCAUAUCGGGUGUAACAAAAUGUAGGUUGUGAGGGGGAAAAAAUAUCCCCCGAUAGGUUGGCGAAGGGAAAUCGGUCGCAGAGACGAUACUUUUCCAAAAAAAAAAAUCUCUUUGUAAUUGCAUUGGUUGCUUGCAGAUUGCUGCAGUUGCCUAUAAUUUUCAUAGAAGAUACCAACUUGUCUGCAAACUGAGCAGUGGCACAACUUUACUGCAAAAUAAAAGUUAGUUUUUUAUGAAGUAGAAAGGUCUCUGUUUCCAGUUUCUGUGGUGUAUCACUAACACUCUGAGAGUAGUUGCAGGUAAAGUUGGUGUGUUCCAUACAAACUGUGGGCGACUGCUAAAAUGUUACUCGUGGACCAGUCAAGGCCUGUGUAGUUGGGGCCUUAUUCUAAACAUGGCGAGUGCUCAUGUGAGUACAAAACCUCAAUAGUAGCUAACAGUUUUAAAAAAACUCAGUGUUGAGAAUAAAAAAGCUUAAGGCAGGAAUGAAGUUAAAAGUAAUAAAAAGUCUGGAAGAAACAUUUAGCUUCAAGUCUGGCAAAGAAAUUUGAAACUUAAAUGUCAGCAAUAAACGGUUAAAACACCAAAACUCUUAACAGGUUAGAUAAAAUCAUGAUAAAACCAUCUAAUUAACAUAAAGUCAUUAAGAAAGAAUAGAAACAUUAAGCUAAAAGUCAGGAUUAAACCAUUUAAAGGAGCUAAAAGUGUAACCAGCUGAAACAAACAUAAUGAAUAAAUGGGGGAAAUAAUUUGCCUACAGUUUUAGAUUAAGGUUUUGAUGCUAAUAGUGAUGCAAGCUUAAAACCAACACCUGAAAAUUCAAAGCUAUGUUGUAAAAAUCCAUGUUUUAUAUAAUCAGUAACCUCUAGUAUGGAGUAUUUUUGGAACAUUGCAGAUAUUAAAGGGGUUAAAUGGAGGUGGUGGUGCAAAAUAGGAAACCACUGUCAUGAAAAUGAAUGACUCACGGUCAAACUCUGGCAUUCGCGUCUUUGCUUUUUGAUUGGUGGUAAAGAUUUAAAGUUGAAACAGAGAUUUAAAAAAAAUGAGCGAGACUGUUUGGGAGCCAAAAUAUGGAAAACCCUAAACAGAGAAGGGAAACUCGCUGAGCGAUUGCACAGCCCCGCUUUGGGCCCACAGUCCCUGAAAUACACUCGUAUUUAUUGCUAGUUUUUGCUGUUUUGUGAAUGCUGUGUCGUUUGACAGAAUCUUGGAGUUGGCUCAACACAAAACCUCAAAAACAGUCUGGGCCACGACUCCUUGGUGAGUAGCUGACUCACACGAGCAUCUUCCCCUUGAUUAAAACCGAAUUCUUUCUGCACACAGACUUUUUGUAACGCCACAAUGGCCGCUAUUCAUCACACGUCUGUUUUUAAAGCCCUAAACAUUUUGAGCAUACUUAGUUCUCUUCCAGCUGUUACAUCAUUUGAAAAUUGACUUAAAACUGACUCCCAAGAAUUCAGGAGCCUAUGUGGUCAGUGUUUCCUUCUUUUGAGUGCAAUUUCUCCAAAGUGCAUAAUUAAAGACAGAUGUCUGGCACCCACCGAAUGUGUGUUUAAAAGAGAAAAACAAUAGAGAAAUGAGAAGAAUUUAUGGUUUGUUGAUUGAAUGGAUCUUUUUUUUUUUCUUUGGGAAAAUAUUUAUUCUGCCUCUGCACAAAGAUGCUUAUCAUCACAGCUCCUUUUUGGAAACCUUUCCAUUGAUCAGUGAGAAGCUGAGCUGGGGCAACCAGGAGCCUGUAUGGCCCAUCUCCGCUUCAGCGCUCGGAGCCGCUCCAAGUGCAAGAAUCCAAUACCUAUCCAGGCACAAAAGAGAUUUCUCAGCAAGGGAGGACGACCGGAGGAAGGAGGAGGAGGCGACGGCGAGCCUCUUCAGGAAGACCCAGCGACCUUCCUCCAAGACGUCCCAGUACGAAAACACCCUGCGUUUGUCGACACCCAGAACCAGGACUCGAAGCUCCCAGGAUGCAGGGCCUCCUCACACGCCUCAGUGUGAAAAAAACUGUCCUGUGUGGCACACCGAUCUCAGGGUGAAAAGUGCCGUGAUCACACCUCGACUGCUGCAGCUUUCCAAACCCAAACUCGCACAUCCGGACUUCCAGAGGAGCAGGGAGAGCGUCGCUUCCAUCGUCUCUCUCUCAUCCAGAAAAGCUCGCAUCUCGCAGAGACUCGUCCAGCUGUCGCUGCCCAGACUGAAGGAGAGCAACAUCUGCUGCACACUUGGACGUCCAGAGGAAUCCAUCCGGACUGUUUCAAGAGCAGCGAGGAGAGCCACAGCGAGCGCUCGCAUUGAGAUGCUGGCAGAACCAAAGCAGCUUUCCAAGGACUACAUCCCACCACGAGACCCAGAGUGGAGCCGGAAAAACGCCCAGUCCAUCUGAGUGCGCGUCGCCAUCGAGUCGGUGUUUCACCAGACUGAACUCUUUGUGUUUUCCACCCCAGACUAAAGCAGAAACAUUUAAAGGUCAAAAUUCAGAUCCUGUAUUCGUGUUUCUGUGCUUUAUUUACAUUCACAGCCUCUUUAAUGGUAAUUAUGACAGUUAUUUCGAGCGAGUUAUCACAGCUUGUGAACAGAAAAAGUAGUACCAAGAAUGAACCCUCGACUUACUGUGAAAUUAAUGACGAGCCAGAGAGAUCCAACAGGGAAACACUGGAGUGACUGUCUCUGUGUAGCUCUGUCAUCAUCAUCAUCAGCAUGUCUAUGAAAUCUUAAAUGAGUUAGCGUUGGACUGGAUAUGGCUGACAUGAUAUAUUGCUGGUUUAAAUCUCUGAUGCCUUGGCAGAUUGAGGGAGUAAUGUUAAGAAUAAAAACAUGUCUGUGGCUCUCUCUGUCUACAGUCUGCAGCUUUUGUCUGAGCCUUGGCACGAUACUGCGAUCCACGUGGUUUUUGCCUUUGCAGCCGAGCAGGCUUCUGCAUUUUAUUACAACCAUGUGUGUAUGAAUCUAUAAACACUCUCAGAGUCAUGUCACAAAUCUCUGGAUUUUUUUUUUCAGGGUAAAGUAGAAGCUAUUCAGAAGCUGCUCCUAUGUCAAAGGUCAUGACUUUGACAUAGGGUGCCGGGACAUCAUCAUGAAAAUCCUGCUGUUAUCUCAUUUACAGCACUGGCUGCUGUAACUAAGCGCUUUGUAAAAAAUUGCUCAUCCAUUAUUCUAGAGUGAACCUACAACCCACUGUGAGGCUAAUCAGGGAUUAGCCGGCUGCAAUCACGACAUCCAACCGUGAGGUGUAAAGAAGGCAGAGGAGGUGGCGAGGAUGGAGGCAAAGCAAAGCAAAUAAUAAAAAGUAGAAAUCCUGUUAGCUGAGAAAACGUUCUCAGAGGUGGGAAUUUGACUGAGAUGCAAGAGGAGUCAAAAAAUUGUUUAGUUUCUCCAUUUAUGCUUUGCAUUUAACAUGCUUUUAAACAGUUCCCCCUUAAUUUACCUUAAACAUUUAUUCAUGAGAGUAAAGCAAAAAAUAAGAAUUUCCACCUCUGCAACUGUUUACAUUGUUGUUUAGAUCCACAUCUGUCCUGAUAUGACCUUUGACAUUUCAGAUACAAAAAGGACUUGCUUUAUUAUCUUGUCAUAUUAGACACCCAAAGACAGUUUUUGGGAUCGUGCUGAAAAAUGAAGCUGUAGUCAAUCGGAUGCUUUCCAGACGAUAUUGCACGGUGGAUUAGAAUACGGUGAUAAUUUCCCGCAUUUACAAUUCAAUCGCUUUUGACAUGAAUCCCAACACCACUGGCUGAAAUGCAGCCCAAACCACAAUAGAGCCACCACCAUGUUUUACAAAUGGCUGUAGAGACUCACUGUUGUACCUCUCCUCCUGACCUCCUCCGUGCAAGGAAAUACUGCUGAUGAUUUAAAUCAAAAACUUUUAAUCUGGACUCCAUGAGUCCUGAUUUCAUUCCAGCUCUUGUGUAAUUUGGCAAAAACCUUUUCUCCCUGUUUCCCUCCCAUAAGGAUGUCUUCUUUCAGGCUUUAACCCUCACCCUGAAACUAUUUCUGCUGAGGCUUCAGUGAACAGUAGAUGAAUCAACUGAAGGAUCCCAGGACUGACCUGAAAAUGGGUGGAAAAAAACAGCAAAAGCCAGAGAAAAAAACUUUCUGAAAAAGUAGCAGCGAAAGCUUCAGUAAAAAGACUGCAACUGGCUGAGGCGGGUACAUUUUGCUCUCCUGAGUUGAACUAUCAUGCGAGUUGUACCGUGAUUCCAGGUUAACAAUAGUGUGCUCAAAGUAGCAAGUGUAAAUAUGCAAAUCUUUGAGACUAAACAAGAAAUAUUGAUAGCACGUCAGGUCCUGAAGGGUGUGAGCAUUUCUUUACUCCUCUUUUUUUUACAGCUUAUAAACGGAGCCGUUUUAAAUAAAAUGAUGAGUCCAUUUAUUUUAUGUCCACGCCCACGUUUGUUUUGCCGCCGGGACUUUGUUUCUGUGUCUUUGCUGUCUUUGCGUUUCACUUCACUUUUAUCUCUCACAUGUGUGUUUUGCCAGCAGCCUGACACAGGAUGUUUUGCUGCUGUAUGGCGAGUCCACACCUUCUGCUAAAUACAGGAAGCAGUUAAAGUGAGAUGUUCUUAGGGUGAUGAUGCAGUCACUCGUGGCACAAUGUUCAUGUUAUAAAACCGUCCUGUUUUAGACCCGAGUUUAAAACUAAUAUUUACCAGUCCGGUUAUGAAGAUCCUUCAGAAUUACCACAGAUAAAUCGUAGUAUUUAAGAAUUCAUUUAUCUCUUUCAUUCCUGUUUGCAUGGCAUUGCUCUGCAAACAACUGUGUCAGGGUGGAGUUACAGGGACUUUCUACAAACAAAAUCCCUUUGGUAAAUAUUUCCCAGAGCAGUGAGAACCUGGCAACCACAGCAGCAGCUCUGCCUGCUGCUUCUGUGGUUUUGAACUAAUACAUCUGCUGGACUUCAGUCUGCAAACUCUGUUAAUCAACCACCAUUUAUAUGCAUAUAAGUUGAGGUAAAAGCAGAACUUCUAUAUGAGUUCACUUUGGGUUAUUUCUUUUGAGUAAAUGUUCCAGAACUGGACAAAACAGAAAAGUGAAAAAUGGUCAGGAGGAGGAAAGGAUGCCAGAGUGUAAAUCCCAAGUGCCUGAACGUGUGUCAUAAGUCCAAGGAGGUUCAAAUUUUAGUUUGGAAAGCGGGUUAGAGGUCUGUCUGCGGGCCUAUAAGUGUCUACACAGGAUUGUGUACUUCCUUUAAUAUCCCCAAGCAGAUCAGAGGUGGUUUGCCGUUAGUGUAGAUGUCUUUUUGCAAUCAUGUAACAUUGGUCAGCACUCCAAAAUGCAUUUUAAAUAUCUGUACUCAGUGUUGUUGUUGUUUUUUAGCUUUAUAGCCAUUUAAUAGGACAAAUCUUUACAAAUAUAAGUGCUGAUCUCUCUGUGAUGUGUUGACUUUUAAUAUGUGGGUGAAAUUUCUGAGUAAGGGAGUGGUGCUGGACUUAUUAGAAAAUGAGGAGUGUUCUUUCAGAAAGAACUUUGCUAUUAAUAGCGC